CGCUGUGCUGGGAGGAAAGGUCUGGAGCAGAUUCAUAAUAUCUGAUUGUUUCCGACAAAAGGCGUCGUUGGACGUUUACAAAAAAAAUAACAACGGUUAAAAGCUUUACUCUAACGUUUUUCGUUGGCAAAUAAAUGGAUGAGACAGCGUAGGCGACGCAUGCACUGGAAUACGGAAAAUGAUGUGAAGAGGACAGCAUGUUUUUAUUACGAAACCCCGCAAUAUCGGCAUGAACUAAGACUGUAACGAUAGCACAUCCAUCUCCUUUUGGAUCAAGUCGUUCAAACUCCGAAUUACCGAUUGGGUACACAAGGGGAAUACAAUAAUAAGACUGUCCAACAAUGCCGAAAAAGUGGACCACAGUCACACCGUGCAGAUGUCUCCCUUUCGUCAUUUUGGUUCUGGUGUUUCCCAGAUGUGCGCUGUCGGCUUCGGCAGACAAAAACAUGGUCAAACAGGACGACUAUUACAGCGCCACGGUGAACGUCACGGUGCUGGACUCCAAGGGCAACCAGAAGCAAAUUCUGACAAAAGACGACGGGCGGUACGGACAGAGUUCACUGAAAGCCGAUGCCAAAGGAAUCGUGAUCGCCCCAGCACCCAAUUUCGGAGUGGUUGACCGGAAGGGCUGCGACCCCCACACACACUUUGUGGUGCCCCCCAGGACCACGCACUGGGUGGCCCUGCUGCAGCGCGGCGUCUGCACCUUUAAGGAGAAGAUCCUCAAAGCGGCCGCCUUCAACGCCACUGCUGUGCUCAUCUACAACAACUCCUCCAAGGAGGACACCGUCACCAUGGCGCACGAAGGCACUGGGGACAUUGUGGCGGUGAUGAUCACAGAGGCCUAUGGGAAGGACAUGGUCAGUCUCCUGGAGAAGAACCUGACGGUGCUGGUGAGCAUCAUCCUGGGCCCACGUGGCCCGCCCAAGAACAUCAACCGCGGCUCGCUGGUCUUCGUCUCCAUCUCCUUCAUCGUGCUCAUGAUCAUCUCCUCCGCCUGGCUCAUCUUCUACUUCAUCCAGAAGAUCCGCUACACCAACGCGCGCGACCGGAGUCAGCGACGACUGGGCGAUGCGGCUAAGAAAGCCAUCGGGAAGCUGACCACCCGGACGGUGAAGAAAGGAGACAAGGAGACGGACCCCGACUUCAACCACUGCGCCGUCUGCAUCGAGGGGUACCAGCUCAACGACGUGGUGCGAAUCCUGCCCUGCAAGCAUGUUUUCCAUAAGAUGUGUGUGGAUCCCUGGCUGAACGAGCACUGCACCUGCCCCAUGUGCAAACUCAACAUCCUCAAAGCCCUGGGCAUUAUGCCCAACCUUCCGUGCGUGGACAACGUGGCCUUCGACAUGGACAGGAUAUCGCGCAGCCAGACGGCCAGUCAGCGCACGGCGCUCGUCGACCUGUCCAGCGAGAACUCCAUCAGCCUGGAGCCCCUGCGGCAUUCUGGGACAUCCCAGAUUCCGUCCGAUGGGGAGCUGACCCCGCGCACCGGAGAGAUCAACAUCGCCGUCACCAGCGGCCAUUUCUUCAACCGGUCGUCCCUGUCCCCGCGGAGUGUGGUGUGCGAGAUGGAGCUUCCAGACAUCCAGGCCACGCUGGACCUGUACGACGAGAACAAGUCCUGAGGGCUGCACCGCCCGACGGCUCGCUGCCCCCGCAGAAUGUACUGUCGACCGUCACUCAAGAGCAAAGGGAAAUACCCCGUAUCUCAUUCACCGCCCUUAUCCCGUUGCCCCCGGGAGACCGGUACCCCCUCCCACCCCCUCCAGCCCCAAUCAAAACUGUGUUGUUGUUUUUUUUUUAUUAUUAUUACUAUUAUAAUUAUUGUUUCACUAAGGGAUCAUGAGGGGGAAAAAAAUGACCUUUUUGUGUUUUAGAUUUCUUCUUUCGUUCUUUUUGAUUCCAAAAAGUAUCCCUCCCAUCUGGCCUGGAUUUGUAAAUGAAAAAGUACCUCACGACAGUAGCCAUGCGUUUCCGUGUAUUUAGAGCAUUCUGCAUCUGUGAAUGUUGUAGCUAACCAUUUCCUUUUUUUGCUAUCAAGAAAGAAACUUUUAUCAACACCUGUGUUGACUGGAAGGAGGGGGCGGCCCCUAGUAGACUCACAGAUUUGUGGUCCCUCGAAACCAACUUCUGACUGUGGGUACAUCGGGGGGUGGGCGAGGGGGGGUUUCUCCCUCUUUCUCCCCUCCCCCGCCCGACACCCCCCCCCACCCUUUCAGCCUGUCUGUCUGGAAUGAACCUGCCGGAAAUGAAGGACUGUGGAACUUUUCUCCCAGGACGAGCUUCAUCGGUCCAGAAUAAUCACACAGCAUACAGCAGUGUACGAUAUGCAGCAUUAUUCUUCUGUAGCGGUUCAGUGUUUAUCUGUAUUAAACAUUUUAAUGUGUAUUUAAAAAGCCUAUGAAAUACCCACAGCGUAUACUAAUCAACCCCAGUAAGGGGUCAUGUGUAUAUAUAUACAUAUAUAUAUAUAUAUAUAUAUAUAUAUAUACACACACACACAUAUAUAUCUCUCUAAGUGGCCUCGAUGCACUGUUUGUUAGUUUCUCAUACAUGUACAAGCAAACUGUAUGGAAGGACGUGUUUUUGUUUUUGACUUUUCUGUGUGUCUUAAGUCUUUGUACCUGAAUUCGAAUGAAGACGCGAGAGUCUCAACACGUGACCUCUUCUUUGAUGUGGAUGUGGAAGAUGUUUGUCACCCUGUUGCCUGCACCCCAGUGCUCCCUUACAUACUGCCUCAGCAUCAGAAAUCUCAUCGUCAGUCGCAGCCCUUCAGCCCUGCGCGUCCGUACAGCAAUUCUGUGAGAGCUUCAGGUUUCUGACUUUACGUAUAACUUCAGGCUGAGGUGGACAAUCCGGGCUCAGAACGCGGAGUUUUUGUUUUUCCCCCGAUCGCCUGGAUUUGCUAAUUGCCGCAAUUCUCCAGCCAGGAGAGGUGUAGAGCUAAUUAGUGAAAUCAGCGGGCUGAGUUCAUGGGUAGAGGAAACAUACGGCGGGAUGUUUACUUUCUGAGCCCUGGAGGUUCCACCUCUGCUUGACGGUCAAUCAGUGGGGCAGUGAGCAGGGCUACGUUUGCAGCGUCAGAGGUGCAACAUUGUGAUGAUAGAUCUCCAGGAACAGGGUUUGGCACCACUGUCCUACAGCCUGUCUGCUCCCUUAUCCUCCAGGCUGCGUUGCAUUAGUUAUUUAGCUGACCCCUUUUUAUCCAAAGCGACUUACAGUUCAUUAGACUAAGCAGGGGACAAUCCCCCCCUAGAGCAAUGUGAGGUUAAGGGCCUUGCUCAAUGGCCCAACAGCUGCAUGGAUCUUAUCCUGGCUUGAGCCACCAACCUUCCGGGUCCCAGUCGUAUACCUAAGCCACUUGGCUACAGGCUGCCCCAUUUGUAAUGGUACGCUCACUCCCCUUUUCUGCAGGAUUUGGUAUACCCCGUUCACCCCAGUUGUCUUCUAGUCUAGACCCCCCCCCCCCUCCAGCCACCAGCCCAGUCAUCAGUUACAAGUGUGGGAGUUUGGCUGAAAUACUUUUUCAGCUCCCUCGAGGCGUUUGAAGCACACAGUCAUCUGGCGUACCACCAUUACUGUCUUUAGCUGCCAGUUUUGCUGUGUGCCGUUUGUCUCUCUGUACUGCAUUGAACACGGAGAGUUGUAGGUUUGUCUCCCCCUGCUGGUCUGGAUGCUGGACCACGGCACAUGAAACUACUCCUACUCCCAGCUGUGUAGGGAGAAAGGGAGUGGUUUCAGAGGCAGCUCUGCUAUAUAAGCAAGAUGCAAAGCAUUGUGGGAAGGGUGUUACAAUAAACAUGGUCCUCAAA